AUGGAAACCAGAAGUCGUUUUAUAAAAGAGGCAGAAAUGCUGCAUUCAAUUAAUCACGCAAAUUUUCCCGAAUUCUAUGGAUUCUCAAAUGAUCCUUAUGGGCUUAUGAUGGAAUAUGCAACAUUUGAUUUUAAACCUUUCGACGUAGAGAAAACGGUAAGCAACUUGGAAGACUUUUAUACCUUCAUUGAUCGUGAGUUCGAUUUUACAUCAUUUUCGGACGUCAUUCCGGUCUGUUUAAGAGAUGUUGUAAACGCGUUAAAAGUUCUACAUGACAUGGAUAUUUCGCACCGUGAUUUGAAACCUAGCAAUGUCCUGGUUUCAAAUCAACAUUAUUGCCAUAUGUCAUCAUUUUCUUCAGAGUACGAGCGCAAUCCUAUCAUAUGCAAAGUCGCUGAUUUUGGUUUGAGCAGAUCUUUAGAAACGCAAACUCGCUCGAUCAUUCAAUCUCGAACCAAUGAUAUUUGCCGAGGCACACCAGUGUAUAUGGCACCUGAAAUUCAUAACAGAAAAUUACAACAGGCUUCUAUAACCGAUUUGAAGAAAACGGAUGUUUGGUCUCUCGGUUUGCUCUCAUUUUCCGUCAUUAAUCCUAAUUUAAGCAGCCCAUAUCGGAAAGUGAUUGAGGAAUUAGGUGUUGACUUCAGCCUAGACACAAUGAAAGAAAUUAUAACCGACGAAAAACUGCCUGUACAUGAUAACAAAUAUGAGUCAAUUCGCGUGGCAGAAUGGGGGCAAGCGGAAGAAUUGUUUUCUAGGUGUUGCAGGUUUGAUCCUGAGUUACGACCGUCAAUUGAAGAACUUAUUCCAAUUGUAAAUAUGAACGACCCAGAAGCAUCCUUGGACAUAACACAACUAAGUGUAAGCCAGAGUUCUGCUCUGGAAAUCGCAGAUGAGAUAAUUUCCCAACAAGCUGUCAUAAACGCAGGACAAGAUCUUGCACAUGAGAAUCGUCCUGAAAAUGAUGGAACAAACGCGUGCACUUUUCUUGCACUUGCUAUAUGUGAUUCAUUGUUCGCCACCUUACGAGGGGAAUAUAGCCAAUCGUAUCAAUCAUGGAGUGAGAUCGCAAGAUUAGCAGACCAUAUCAUCAAAGAUUUUCCAACGAAGAUCAAUCAACUUCGGAACGCAUCAGAAACAUACGAGCUAUCUGAAGCGAAGGUCAUGCUUGAGUCAAAUAACCUGCUUUCAAAGAAAUACCAACUGACCGAAGAAUGUGUAUCUGGCUGUGGCUAUCUUACGGAAAUUGGAAGAAAUGAAUUAUGUUCUGCAUUGAGCUGUCAUCCAUCGGGUACCGACAUGAAGUUUGGGGUGUACACAUCUCCUCCUUACACACUUCUGAUUGGAGUUUAUAAUAAUUCCAUCUUUUUACUGGAUACACAUCCGAUUGGUCAAGAGCUAGGUGGUACGGGAAACGGAAUUGUGGUGUCGACAAAGGAUAAAAGUAUUCUUUCAUGUAAGAAGAUUACCCAAUGGUUACUGAAACGUUUAAAAGUCAGCGGUGUGGAUGAGAGAACGCCACAAAGUUUAGCUUGGCUAAUUGAUAAAUAAAUUGGGCUCACGAAACUAUUAUGUGCUAUUAUUAAAACGCUAAUACUAGUGCAAUUGACAGCAAAAAUCUUUAUUGUGUAACAGUUAUUGAAUUAGUAAGAAGACACCUAUUAAGUGUGUAACACAAAAGUUUUGUAAACAGGUAGGAUUUUUUUGAAUUGUUGUAUAAGUAAAUGACAAAUAAAAUUAUUAAAGGCUCACGGAUCCGGAACUUAGAAAAGUGCGCAAAAUUAUGCUAAAUUGACAAGUACUAUCAAAUUACACCACAUGGCCUCACGAUUUAAUAUAUAAAGAAAACCAUCUGCUGAUCUGCCUUUCUGCCGCAGCAAAAGUUCAGUUUGACGCACGCAUUGUUUUUGCAAUUACACUCUAAAUAAAAUGUAUCGAUUAUUUAUAAUGCGAUUAUUAGGAAUUUUUAAAAUAUAAUUUUUGCGUCUCUAGCAAUUCAAUCUGCGCUAUAAAAGUCAAUUAAUUUAAGACAAACAAGCGAAUAUACGCGAAUAUUAUGGUGAAUAUACGGCCUCCAAUACAGCACAGUUUAUAGACUAAGAUGCGGCGAAUUCGAUCCUCGGCUUGCGUCAUGUGAUAUGUUCUAGAGGUCUGGACACGAAUGAAUUUGGCCGGGGGGUUAUCUUGUGUUAGCUUAAUUAAUAUUGGCGGAGAUUUGACGCUAUCGUUCAACUCCGCCAAUAUUCAACAUGUGGUAAUUUUUUUCAACAUAUUUUGAACGUUAAAGUUGUGAUGGGUGCUAAAUUCGCGGCAUGUUCAAUGUCCGGUUUAACUUCAAUGUCAAAAACACAUGGGUGUUCAAUGUCAUAUUUAACUUCAAUGUCGAAAUUAUGUUGAAUGUUCUGCAUGUUCAAUGUCAGAUUUAUCUUCAAUGUCGAAAGCACGUAGGUGCUGAAUGUCCUAUUUAACUUCAAUGUCGAAAGCAUGAUAUACAUGAAUAUUGGCGGUGAUAUGACGCCGUAGAAUUUGGGGAGCAAAGGGGCAACUGGCCCCCAAAGAAAACUAUAUUUACGAUUUUAAAAUGUCGUUAUUAACUUUUCUUUGGAUAUUUGGGACUUUUUUCGGCAUAUAGGCUUUAUUGUCCCCUGAUAAAAAAAUCCUGCGUACGGCCCUGAACGAAACUCAUUAUAUAACCCAACGUCAUACAUUCCAAAUUUGACGAGUCGACUGGGACCGAGUUUUAAAGUGCCCAAAUUAAAACAUGAACCAAAUCACUGGAAACAGCACCUCGAAAUUAGUACACAAAGUUGGACGACGUUUGAAUAUAUAUAGUAUCUUAAUAGAAUAAUAAGAGCAUUUACAGUAAAAAUUUGUGAAAUUUCUGCUUAAAACACUGUUUUUCGGGCGCGUGUCCACAAAAACAAAACUUCUGUACAUUUCAUCACAGAGGAAGUAUAAUAACAGUAUACUUGCUCUGUAAUUUUGUUCAUCGAUAAACAUCGCGAUUUUCGAAAUCUUGUUAUUCCAAAAGGUUUUCGUGUAAACGUCUUAAAACUUUGUAUACUUACUUAUUUUGAGGUGGUGUUUUUAGUGAUUUGGUUCCUUCCAGGUCCCGAGCGCAAACGAGACAUUAUGCAUAUCGUGUAUUCUAUAAUUGUAGAAUACAAAAUAAAACACUUUCCUAGACCUGCUACUUCAAGUACUGUAAUUGUGUGCACGCUAUGCAUAAUGCGACUCGUUCCAGGUCCUCAGCGCAAACCAGUUAAAAACUUUUUUUAAAGGUCUUAGUAUAAACGACAUUGGAAGAAGUUUUGGCAAUGAAGACAAUGAAGUCACUGAUGAACGGACUGAAAGUUCGUGCGGCAUUGUUGGUGAUGGAAAUAUUGGUACUGAGGAAGAAGAAGCAACAUUUCCGGAAAAUAGGUAUGUAUGUUAUAGUACGGCAGAAUCACGCCAUAACUCGGGACAACGUUUCAGUGAGGCGGAAUGAAAUAAAAAUACGCCUAGCUCCCAGCUGCGCCUCUCGAAUGUAGAAAAACCAUUUGGGAUGGUAAAAAAUCGCAUAAAAGAAACACUUUCUCAUUUAUUUUCUAGGCGGACACCAUUGGAUGUUAGUCAAUGUGAGGAAGAUGAUGUGCAGAUAACUAAUGUAUACGUAAGUUACCAGAAGCAAAUUUGGAAGAGUUAUCAGUAAAUUAUACCAGUUCACCUCGACAAAUAUGCGGCAUGGUGAAGUGUUCGUAUAUUUAUUCAAUUUCAGUUCUCAAGAAAUCUCAAGGUCAAACAUAAAAUAAUGUAUAUUUUAAUUUUUAUAUAGUCAAUAUCGUCAGGUAUCACGACUUCAAGAAGUCAGAGCAUCCGACAAAGCACAACCGUGGGUAAUGAAUCCAGUCAACAGGCAAAUCAAAGUGAUGACGACUUGGAAGUAACUAUGGUCCGAACAGUAGAUUCUUCAAACAGGUAAUGUUGUGUGGUAUAUAAUGUGCUGUAAUCGAUGAAUAUAUCUAUUACCCUUUUUAAAAACCUACCAUUAUUAUCAGGGAAUGUUGGUAUUAACUUUUAAUUAAUUGGAGACUGUAAAGCCCCGCACAGACAAGAAAAUUUUCCUUGCUGCGAAUUCUUUCAUCAUUUCAUAACUGAUGGAAUUCCUUAGGAUACGCCUCCGCCGUUUUGAUUUCUGUCUUUACUUACAAUUUCGUAGUCCCCAGUGACUAUACUUCGCUUGUACCGGGUGGCCCAAAAAAAAGUACUCCUGUUUGAUUCGUAAUAACAUCUAAACAAGUAUAGCUUUUAAAGAGAAAUAACUUGCAUCAACUAGAGGAAGGACUAACUUAGACUUUGAUAUAUUACAGUUGUAUUUCACUUAAAAAUUCACAGAGAUAUUAAUCUUUAAAUUCGGGAGGAUAUUUCUGGAUGUGUCUGAAAUAUGCAAAAAUCGGCGUAUCAAAUAUUAAUCAAGAUUUGCCCGACUGAAACAUGCACUAUUACCAGUAAAUAAAUGACACUUGACAAAUUGUUUAUUAUGAAACAAAGUAUUAUUAUAUCUACAAAAUACAAGCAAGAUUCAUUCGUCCGAAAUUCGCGUGUGUUCCUAGCACGAAUACGUUUCCUUAUUUCAUGAGACCACUGCAUCGCGAAGGAUCGUCAUUGGAUCGUUCGUAGUUCUGAAUUAGGGCAUGCUGUCACAACGGAAUUGUGAAGCUCUUCUAACUUCUGCAACGUUCUGAAAUCUUGUUAAGAACACCCAAACUCUUUUGCCGUUUCUUAAUCUUGGCAAGUUCAUGGAGUAAACUGAGAAUUAUAUGAAACACAAUCAAACCAUACAACUCCAUAAGACAUAACAAUUAAGCAACUCCCCAGAGACAUGCAACAUUUUUGGAACAAAACGUAACAAAAUAGUAGCGUUGAUACGGUGAUGUGUAUUUGCAAAAAGCAAUAUUAUUUCCUUCAAUAAAGAAUAUUCAUCCUGCUCUAACCGAGAAAUAAUCUACUCAGUCUGUUUGAACCCAUUAAAAACAUAAAAAAUUAGGCUAUUUAAGAAUACGAAAAAUUUAAGCGCCUGCCUUCCAUGGUCAGUCUUUCAUGUACAUUUAAGUUUGCAAAGACCUAAUAUUAAAUACUUGCAUAAUUUCGAACGUUCAUAUUUCAGGAAACAAUGAGCUAAGACUUACAUGUAAGAUGUCUAAAUCUACGCAUAUCCCUUACAAACCUUAACGAUAAUUCGCUGAAAUACAAGUUAGCCUAAUAUGUCAUUAAGCAAACAAACGCUGGAGUAGGGUGAGGCGGUUUCUACAAAAAACCGAAAACCGAAAACCGACCAAAAAAACCCGAAAAAACCGAGUGAACCGGUUUUUUAAAAGAAUACGUUCGAAAAUCGAAACUAAGGUCAAAAAGACACAACACGCUACUCAGUACUCACACAAGACUUCGGUUUAAAAAACAAUUAUAUUAACCCUUGCUACGAAGUAUAAAAGGAACAUGCAGUGUACAAGAUAUAAUUUUUACAAUAAACUAUGUACAAAUAUUGAAAUAUUGCGUAAACCACUAUAAGUUCUCCGCCAAGAAAACAAGUUUGUCAACUUUCUCCGGUUUAAGUUGUGCUCGUGCCGGCGUGCUAACUUGCCCCGCUUUACUGAAAAGUCUCUCCGACGGCGAACUGCUUGCUUGGAUGGCAAGAUACCUUCUCGAUAACUGGCAGAGCAACGGUAGUUCCUUUGCAUUUAAUUUCCACCAUUGAAGUGGAUCGUCAUCUCCGUCUAUCACUGGGAAUGCCGAGAUAUAGCGGUCAAUCUCUUUGGAUAGACGGCUACGCGGGGAUGCAGCGGGCUUUUUUCGGUUUUUCCGGGUUUUUCGGUUUUCCGGUUUUUCUCCAAAAGUAACAUCGAGUAAUUCGGUUGUAAAAAAAAUCGGUUUUUUCCGGUUUACCGAAAAACCGCAUCACCCUACGCUGGAGUUAAUAUUUGAUAUGCCGAUUUUCGCUAAUUUUAGACACAUUCCAAAAUAUGCUCCCCAUUUUUAACAUUAAUAUAUCCGUGAAUUUUUAAGUUAAAUACAACUGUAAUAUAUCAAAAUCUAAGUUAGUCCUUCCUCUAUUUAAUGCAAGUUAUUUCUCUUUAAAAACUUUACUUGUUUAGAAGUUAUUACGAAUCAAACAGGAGUACUUUUUUUUGGGCCACCCGGUAUCAAGGCGAGUUUUAUUAAUGUAAAUAACAUCAAAUUAUUGUUUUUGCAAAUAUAACCGAAAUUGAUCUAGGACAAGGUGCUUGACUAAACUUUUGGCAAUUGCGAAGCCUUUUAAUUUUGUUAAAUCGUCAGCCUAAAUCUUGAUCAUAGCACAUCAAUUAAAUUCAUUGUGUAUAUAAUAGAACAUUGUUAAUUUAAAGACUAAUUAGUGCUUCAAUUAUUUUCUAGAAAUGUUGGAGAAUUUUACAAUGGCAAACGGACACUGCCCGUCUUCGAUUGGAACCCAAAAGCAAAAACGCCGAUCGAGAUAUUCCAUAUAUUGAUGAAGCCUACAGAGGACUUAGCCGCGUGUAAAAUUGUUCCUAGUUUGAUAUCGCACAACGUAUGCUUUCUUUUGGAUGUGAGAAACCUAGCAUCAAAAAAUGAUUGGAAAUCUGACGACAUGGGCUCAUGGAAGACCUAG